CCCACCCAGAACCUCUAACCUCUAUCACCAUGGUCAACUCCUGUUGUGGCUCCGUCUGCUCUGACCAGGGCUGUGGCCAGGAGACCUGCUGCUGCCCCAGCUGUUGCCAGACCACCUGCUGUAGGACCACCUGCUGCCGCCCCACUUGCUGUGUGUCCAGCUGCUGCCAGCCCUCCUGCUGUGGUUCCAGCUGCUGCAGGCCUAGCUGCUGCCGCCCAUCCUGCUGUGGAUCCAGCUGCGGUGGCUCCAGCUGCUGUGGCACUAGCUGCUGCCGCCCCUCCUGCUGCAUUUCUAGCUGCUGCCGCCCCUCCUGCUGUGGAUCCAGCUGCGGUGGCUCCAGCUGCUGCCGCCCCUCCUGCUGCUGCCCCUCCUGCUGCCUGCGCCCAGUCUGCGGCCAGGUCUCCUGCCACACCACCUGCUAUCGCCCCACCUGUGUCAUCUCCACCUGCCCCCGCCCCAUGUGCUGUGCCUCCUCUUGCUGCUGAGCCCCCUGCCCUCUGACUACGAUCUCUGCUUACCUCUGCCCUACAGAUGUAGACCCUUCUCCUUUUGUGCUGAGCAUUAGGACAGAUAGAGUCUGGUUGACCUCAUUCACAGGUUGAGCCUCAUGAUUCCAAUGAACCCAACCCACUGACUCUGUGAGCACAUUCUGGUUCAUGUUAAGCUCUUCCAUUAUUAUCUUUUCCUUUCAAUACUAGUGCCAAAUAUGGAUAUUACUUUGUAAUCCAUCAGCUAAAAAAUCAUCCCACUCCUCUAAAUUUCUCUUUCUUACUUAUCACUAUGGAGCUCUAAAUUAUCCUUCUUAACAAAGUAAAUAUUAUCUGUAAUACCUAUGCAGUACUGACUUGAUACC